AUGUUUAAGAAGGUUCCAGAGAUUGGAUCAUUGAGCAAUCUGAAGAAUUCAGAGAGGAAGAGGCUACAAAACAAUGUUAAAGAACAGACUGCUAAGAAUAAUUAUCAAUUACCCACAAGCGUCAUUAAACAAACUACAAUUAAAACGCAAACCUCGGUAGGUACGGUAUAUGCAGAUGAGGACAACACUCCAAUAUUUUUUAAAACGAAACAUUCUGUUAGGCUUUAUCCUACUGUUUAUACAUGUUGGAAGGAUCCUAACUUAAUACCAAUUAUCUAUACACAUGAACAUGUUAUUAGCAAGCUAAAAAAUGGUGCGGAUCUGAUGCUGCCUGGUACUAUUCCACCUUUUCCACCUUCAUGUAUAAAGGGAGCUUUGGUUGGAGUCGCUAGUAGUAAUCACCCAGGAGUUAUUAAAGCUGUUGGUGAGUGUGAGAUGGAUUUGGAAGGAAUAACAAAAGUUAUUGGUACUAAUGGUGUUGCUGUAAAGAUAUAUCACACUAUCGAUGAUGGUAUAUCUCAAGUAUUUAAGAUUAAUUUUGAUCCACCUAAUGAACUCAGUGUUACUCGUAAUUGUGAAAAUGUUGCUGUUUUGGAUUGUAUACAAGACGGAGAUAGUGCCAAUGAGGGAGAGAUAGUUCAAGAAAAAGGGGGAACUGAUGUUUCCAAUUCAAAUAAAUUUGACGUAGAACUCAAUACCGAGGAUAUUGACCACUUUCUAACGAGAGCUAUGUACUAUACGCUUACUGCAGACAGCAGUCUAACGCUUCCAAUACCAUCAUCUACUUUUAUUUCCAGUCAUGUUAUGAAAAACUUACCUCCAAUAUCACCCGAUCUAGUGACUUUGAAGAGGUCCUCUUGGGCGAAAGCAUCGAAGUUUCUAAAGCAUUUUGAAACUGAAGGAUUCAUUAAGUUAAAGGGUAAGGCUGAGAACCUUAAAGUUGUAUCAAUCCACAAGGAUAAACAUGAGUUAAAAACAUUUGAGCCCUACCGAACUGUUGCCCAAAAAAAUGCUGGCAAGUCAGCUUCAUCGAAAGCCACCAACCCAGAAAAAACGAUUGAGGUUGUUUCCUAUUUCCAACCAAAAAGUAACACAAAGCAAUUUCUAGAACAAGUAGGUAUCGCCCCCAAUGAUUUGUUUCAAUUACAUGAAGUUAGGGAGUUGCUUAACAAGUACAUUGCAAAUUGCAAUUUGGUUGAUCCCGGUAAUAAAACUAGUGUUCUAUUAAACGAUACGUUGUUUCCGUUAGUUUAUAAAACUGUCACUCCAAGCCUUUCUAGGUCCUUAUCAAGGUCAAAUAUAGUAGAUGCAGUUGUAAAGAACAGCUUCAACGAAUACUCAAUCGUUUAUAAGGACGGUUCACCACUAUCUUCCAAACCAUUUAAAAACAGAAUUCCAAAAAUUUCUGUUAUUACUGAAACAAAGAUACAUAAAAAGAUUGUUACGAGAGUCUUCAAUUUUGAAUUUUACGGAGUUGAUGCAGAAAAACUAGCAUAUGCACUAAGAAAGCGUUGCAGUGGCUCUACCACCAUUGGAGAAACGGUGCAACCGCCGAAGACCCAGGAAGUUCAAGUACAAGGGCCUCAUGGUUCAACUGUAAUGGAAAUUUUAAAUGAAAAAGGUAUUCCUAAUAAAUAUAUAGAUUUCAGCAACCUUGUCAAGUCAGCUAAAAAGAAAAAAUAA